AUGCCCGUACAACUUCUUACCCAAGCCGACGGCUAUGGCAUCAUUGUGGGAUUAUCAAUCCUCUUCUGUCUCAUCAUCCUCGCAGCCGUUCGCAUCCAAAAAAGAUAUCUCUCAGAAGACAGCGAUCAAUCCGAAAUGUUCAUGGUAGCAAAUCGUUCCGUUGGUACCGGACUCACUGCAUCCGCCGUAUUCUCAAGCUGGAUGUGGAUCAACAAAAGUGUCUUCUCAGCAGCCUACACAUAUAAAUGGGGCAUCGCCCUCCCCAUCUGUAUGAUUUUGGCGGGGGCGCAGUUGGUGAGGGGUAUGACGGGGAUGCAUGUUGUGGCGGCUUGUGUGUUGAUUCCGGUUGGUGUUGUCAUUUAUACGGCUGUGGGAGGGUUGAAAGCGACGUUCUUGACGGAUUUUCUCCAUACUACUGUUGCUCUGAUACUCUUGAUCUACUUCUCGCUAGCGGUUCUGACCAAUGAGCAUAUUGGGGGUAUAUCAGGACUCUAUGAGAAAGUCAAGGCUACGGAUGACUAUAUCCCCGGAAACUAUGAAGGUUCACUCCUGACAAUGAAAUCCAAGAGCGCCGUCUUAUUCGGUCUCGUCCUAAAAUUCGGCAAUCUUGCUCUUGUCCUCAUGGACACCGCAUUCUGGCAAAAAUCCUUCGCGUCCGAAGUCCACUCCACAGUCCCAGCAUACGAUCUCGUCUCCAUCGUCAUCAUCGCAAUCCCAUGGUGCACCGGAACCAUCAUUGGACUCAGCGCCCGCGCAAUCGAAAAAACUCCCAUCUGGUUCGACUACCCCAACACACUCACCACCACCCAAGUAAAUUCCGGCAUGGUAAUGCCAUACAUUCUUCGCUCUCUAUUAGGUCAAAGCGCAACCACAGGUCUACUCGUCCUUGUAUUCAUGGCCAUCACCAGUACAGUAUCUUCAUCCAUGAUCGCAGUGAGCAGUAUCAUUUCUCUCGAUUUAUUCCGCACCUAUAUCAAUCCCGCAGCUUCAGAUCGCAAGACCCUGAAAGUCAGUCACUGGGGCGUCGUCUUCCAUGGUUGUUUCAUGGCUGGCUUCGCAAUCAUGCUCGAAUAUGCAGGAGCCACAAAUAACUGGUCAACGUAUUUCCGUCCCAUCAUCGCGUGUCCGGGGAUCCUCCCCAUGAUCUUCACGCUGCUUUGGUCGCGACAAACAAAGGCAGCAGCUAUACUAGCGCCGAUUUUGGGUUUGAUGUCGGGGGUAGCUACGUGGCUUAGUCUCUCGUGGUAUUGGUCUGGCGCCUUGAAUAUCCAAACAACGCAGGUACAGGUUCCAGGUUUGUAUGGCGCUAUCGUUUCGUUCUUUUCACCGGGGAUAUACUCGAUUGUGAUUUCGAUGAUUUGGCCAAGCAAAUUCGAUUGGCGCGAGUUUUUAAGAAUUGGACUUAUCGAGGAUAAAAGCCAAGCAACCAGCUCACUGACAUCUGCACUUCAUAGUAAUGAAGCUGUCAAUCAAGUCACUCAUGCGGAAGAUGAAACGAAGAAAGAAUCCUACACCACCAGUGGAGAUGAGGCCGGUCCUCCUUCUCCUCCUUCUAUGACACCAAACUCCCAACUUCUUCUUGAUGAUGUGGUUCACCCGUUCGGAGACGAGAUAAUUAAACACAUCAAUAAGUGGCUGAAAAUUGCUAUUGUAUUUUUUGUGGUUAAUGUGUUGGUUACGAUUGUGUUGUGGCCGAUACCACUAUAUCGCGAUUGGAUCUUUACAAAGAGUUUCUUUAGCGGAUGGAUUGUGAUGGCGAUUGUGUGGCAUUUUUUUGCGAUUUUGGCGGUGGUUGUUUAUCCCAUUUGGGAUGGGAGGAUUGAGAUUGUGAGGGUGGUGCAGGGGAUGAGGGGGGAGUGGAAAAGAUAG